ACUGGUAGUACAGGCACUAUCUCCUCUAUUAUAUACAAGAUCCUUGCAUAAGCUGUCAUCUGGUAGUAACCUUGAUUAUAAGUGAUCCUCGACGGAAAUAUGACGGAUGGAUCGCCACACAGACGAUGGUUGAGGUUAUCUCCCCAGCGACCCUUCCUACACAUCUCCCUCGGAAGACACGGGAGCUUGCAGAAGGCGGCUGUGAUGCUCGAUAGCGUGGCACAGGGACUGACUGGCUGUCGACGUGGCGCCAAAUUGACCGACACCACUGGGUUCGAUCCUAAUCCAAAGCAUACCUGGUAAUCUUCGCGGUUACUUCAGCUCCUGUCGGCUUGACGAUACCAACACGCCAUUCGUGUGUGCCCAUCUCAGAGUAUGCUGCCUGAAAGAGAUGUGGACGAGGGUGGCAGAGAGAAGGGGGUCGAGUCCAUUCAGGACUUAUCCUCGGUCGAGGCCACCGCACUCGAGGACAUCGACACCAAACGUCUGGAGCGGAACCUGCUUAGGAAGUUGGACACCAGAAUCCUGCCGGUCUUCGUCUUGCUCGUCCUCUGUUCGUUCCUCGACCGCACCAACGUGGGCAACGCAAAGGUCUACAACAUGAACAAGGAGCUGGGCCUGUCCGAUCUGCAAUUCCAGCAGGGCCUAGCCGCCUUCUACCCGCUCUACAUUGCCGCCGAGAUCCCCAGCAACCUUGUGCUCAAAAAGGUCACGCCCAGGAUAUGGAUCGCCCUCAUGACAUUCCUCUGGGGCCUCAUCUGUUUGUGCCUGGGCCUGGUCCACAACUUCCACCAGUUCAUUGCUCUGCGCACCCUGCUCGGUCUGGCUGAGGGCGGCCUCUUCCCUGGCAUGGUUCUGUACCUGUCGACCAUAUAUACCCGCUCCGAGCUCGCCCUCCGGAUUGGCGUCCUUUACACCUCCACUUCGCUCUCUAGUGGGUUUGGAGGGCUCCUGGCACGCGCGAUGGGCGCUAUUGGUAACCGCGGGGGCCUCACUGCGUGGCGCUGGAUCUUUGUCAUUGAGGGCCUGUUCACCGUGGUGUGUGCCGUGUUUACGUACAUCAUGCUGCCCAACGCACUGGACACGGCUAGCUUUUUGACGGAAAAAGAGCGCGACCUCGGCAUAGCACGACAAGCCGGCGUUAAACAUGGCACCAGAAGCAAGGAAGGCAGCGAGAAGUUCUCCUUGUCCGAGGUGGGCAGAGCCUUCAAGUACCCCCUGACCUGGCUGACGGCUUGCGCCUACUUUGCUCUCCUGUCUGCCAUUUACUCAAUCGGAGUGUUUUUGCCUACUAUCAUUGUGAGGCUGGGCUACACGGCCAACGACGCACAGCUGAUGACCGUGCCGCCGUACGGUGUGGCGGCCAUCAUGACGCUCGUCGUCGCUUUUGUCUCUGACCGCCUCAAGGUCCGGGGCAUCAUGAUGCUCUGCACCAUGCCCGUCGCCAUCAUCGGCUACGCCGUAAUCGCCAAUGUCGGUGACGACAAGCCUACGGUCAAGUACGGCAUGACCAUCAUGAUGGCCACAGGCAUCUACAGCAGUGUGCCGCCUGUGCUCGCGUGGCUGUCCAAUAACUCGGCAGGGCACUACAAGCGGGCCACGGCUGCCGCUCUGCAGCUUGCGAUUGCAAACUGUGGAGGGAUUCUGUCCGUGUUUCUCUACCCCGACAGUGAUGGUCCUGUCUUCUACCGGGGGCACACUGUCAUUCUGGGGCUCUUGAUUGCUGGGUGGUUCUUCAUCUUGACCACAGUCCUCGUCUGCUCAAAGAUAAAUAGGGACAAAGCACAGGGAAAAUAUGACAAAUACAUUGGGUACGGCGACGAUAGAGAGCCCAGCUUCAGGCUGGUGCUGUGACUUUUGUCCGGUGUAUCAUGGGGAAUCGCUGGACAGUAAGUAGACUGAAAGAGGCUGAUACACUUCGAUGAAACGGAAGAACUUCCUUUCUUAUGUCCUUUCACAUGGAUA